AGGACUUGUCCCUGCCUGGCUCCUUGGCGUCUCAGGCAGAAUGCCCCCACUGCUAGUCGGCCUCUGAAUUUGGCGCGGCUGCUUCUUGUGGCCUCCUCUGCUUGAUCGUUGAAUUUUCCAAUGGGGUUUCCAGCCUACCUUCCUCUCAAAUGGUUGAAGCUGGAGAACAGGUUCCUCUCUCCGUCUGCGGCGGCACGUGGUUCGGAUCAUUGUCGACCAAAACGCCAGAAUGCCCCCUAAAGGGCGGAAGAGGAAGGCUGAAAGGCCUCAGGCAAAAGCUGCAGCAUCCAACGGAGAGAAACCAGAUGGUGCUGAGAAAUUGCCCAAGCAACUGAAAAAGAGUGAAGGAUCGGGCCCUCACGUGAUCAUUGAGCAUUGCAAAAGCUGACGCGUGUUUGGCCGCAAUGCUGAUGCUGUCAGCCAGGCACUACAGCAGGCCUUUCCUGAUGCUCUGGUGGAGAUCAACCCUGAGAAGCCACGCAGGAAUAGCUUUGAGGUGGCUCUGCUAAAAGAGGAUGGCUCUAGAGUGGAAUUAUGGACUGGCCUUAAGAAAGGGCCACCACGCAAACUGAAGUUUCCAGAACCAAAUAAUGUGGUUGAACUCCUGAAGGGUAACUUGGAUUAAAGCCAACAGCAGCUGGGUAGGAUUGCCAAUGCACAUCUGAUGAACCAUUCAUUCUGAGUGAGUUGGAGCAUCCAUGAUGGGAUAUGAUUAAGUGGGGUUAAACUCCAGUCACAUCUCUGAAGCUACAGCCCCUCCUCCACAAAGAUCAAUGGAUCAGAUAAUUGCCAUUCCUUGCCCCUUCACUUUUUAAAGUCUGUUUGCAUUAUUAUUAGAAAUUUGCAAGGAAAUUCCUUGUUUUUUUCCCAAUAAAACUUGUUCUAUAUGC